UAUUUCACACAGACAGUCGCUAUUUAACCGUCAAUCAUGUCGAACGCUGAAGAAAAAGCGCGUGAAAUUUUUAAUUCCAUUAUAACGGAGAAAUUUCCGGACGCCUGUAAAGUGAAAAUUAAUCCUAUUAGCAGUAGUGGCGCCAACUACAGCUCAGCUUUAUAUGAAGCUUAUAUCAUUACUGCUGAAGGUACUCAAGAACUAUUUGCAAAAGUCGCCUCAAUGGGUGACCAUUUCGACGAAACAAGCCGGCGAAUCUUUGACUCAGAAAAGUUCGUCCUGACAAAAAUUGCAAACGUGUAUGAAAAAUUGCAAGACAAACAUGGGAUACUAAAAAGAUUUACAUUUCCAAAAAUUUACAAUCAUGAUCGUGAUGAUAUCCCAAUAGUUGUCAUGGAGAAUCUAGCUUCUAAAGGAUACGGAUGCUAUGAUAGAUUCAAGAGUAUUGAUUGGAAAUAUGCGUCAAAAUCUGUAGAAACUUUAGCAAGAUUCCAUGCUCUGUCUUUUGCUUUACAGAAGGACAGUCCAGAAGAGUUCAAACUGGCUGGGGAUAUAUUAAAGUUACCAGAAACUGUUCUUACAAGUCCGCUUUGGGAAGGAAUUGCUGAUGGGGCGAUGGCGGUUGUCGAUGAAAAAGAUAAAGAAAAACUCGCUAGAGUUCUAGAAGGAGCCGUGGGCUGGAGCAAACUUAUGGAUUUCAGUGAACCUCUUAAAACUUCAGUACUUAUCCACGGAGACUAUCGCCCUAGUAAUUUAUUGCAUAAAGAAAUGAAUGGCGAAUAUAAUGUUAUCCCCGUAGACUACCAAACGACCAGGCUAGGAUGCCCGGUGGCCGAUCUCCUCUACUUCACCUUGAUAGGUUCCGACCAGCAGUUCCGAAUGCAACACUACCACCAACUGGUGGACCACUAUUACGAGCAUCUGGCUCUGAUGAUGACGAAAUUCGGUCUGAACCCGGAUGAGGAGUACGGGAGGGAAGAGUUUGAAAGUGACAUUAAAGCGAAAUUGCCAAUCGCCCUCGCCGUCGCAGCGAUAGUGCUGCCAUUCGUCACAGUAGAGGCAGCGAGUGCUCCGAACUUUGAGCGCGAGCAAUACGUGCCGCGCGCGAACGAACUGUUCGCCGAACGGUUCCGCGGACUGAUGCACGACUUGAAGCAGUGGGGGGUUCUAAAUGGAGAAUAUCACGUCAUUCCAGUGGACUACCAAACGGCCAGGCUAGGAUGCCCGGUGUCCGAUCUCCUCUACUUCAUCGUGAUGGGUUCCGACCAGCAGUUCCGAAGACAGCACUACCAUCAGCUCCUAGACCACUAUUACCAGCAUCUCACUCUGAUGAUGACCAAGUUUGAUCUUCAGCCGGAUGAGGUGUAUGGAAGGGAGGAAUUUGAAGAUGACAUAAAAGCGAAACUCCCCGUGGCGCUCAGCCUUGCAGCGACAGUACUGCCAUUCGUGAUAGUGAACGUCAACAGCGCUCCGAACUUCGGGAGUGUAACAACCAUGCCGAGCGCUGAGAAAAAAGUACAUGAAGUUUUGAUUUCUAUCGUUAAGGAGAAAUUCCCUAACGCUUAUGACGUAAAAAUUAAACCCAUUACCAGUGAUGGUGCUAACUACACGUCAGGUUUGUACGAAGCUUCUAUUACCACUCCUGAAAUUACUCUUCAAUUAUUUGUUAAAGCAGCUUCAAUGGGUCAUCUCAUUGACGCAAGCAAGCACAUGUUUCGCGCAGAAAAGACUGUCCUCACAACAGUAUCAAACGCUUUCAAAAGAUCACAAGACAAACAUGCGAUAAUAGAAAGAUUUAUAUUCCCUAAAUUCUACAAGAGCGUAGAUGGAAUCAUAGUGAUGGAGAAUCUAGCAUCUAAAGGAUACGAAGUCUAUGAUAGAUUCAAGAGUAUUGACUGGAAAUAUGCCUCCAAAUCUGUAGAAGCUUUAGCCAGAUUUCAUGCACUCUCUUUAGCUUUCAAGAACGAAUAUCCAGAGGAGUUUAAGAAAGUUGCGGAAGUGUUAGAAAUGCCUCGGGCGAUUGUGACAUACCCUCAAUUUGAAGGCGCAAGCGAUGGGGCAAUGGCAGCUGUGGAUGAAGAAGAUAGAGAGAAACUCUCUAAAGUUCUUGAGGGGUCUGAGGGAUUAAGUAAAAGUUUGGAUCUGAGUGAACCUCGGAGUACUACAGUGAUCAUUCAUGGUGAUUUCCGCCAAAGUAAUCUGAUGCAUAAACAAGUAAAUGGAAAAUAUCACGUGGUACCAGUGGACUAUCAAACGGCGAGACCAGGGUGCCCGGUAGCCGAUCUUCUCUACUUCAUCUUGAUGUGUUCCGAUCAGCAGUUUCGGAAGCAUCACUUCCAUCAGUUAGUGGACCACUACUACAAACAUUUGGCUCUGAUGAUGAAGGAAUUUGGUCUGCAACCGGAUGAAGUGUAUGGGAGGGAGGAAUUUGAAAGUGACAUGAAAGCGAAACUGCCAAUCAGCCUCAGCGUGGCGGCGGCUGCACUGCCGUUCGCGACGGCGGACGCCGACAGCGCUCCGAACUUCGAGCGCGGGCAGUGCGUGCCGGGCGUCAACGAACUGUUCGUCGAACGGUUCCGCGAACUGGUGCAGGACUUCAAGCAGUGGGGGGUUAUAUAG